AUGGCGCCGGUCUUGUUGACGGGGGAGUGGCCCCCUCCGGUCGCGGAGGGCUCGGCGGUCUGGAGGGUGUUGCUGGUGGUUGCUGUUGGUGUUCUUGAAGAUGUGCUGGAUGAAGAGCUAGAAGAGGAUGUUCGUGAGGAGCUCGAGGAAGAAGAAGAAGAAGAAGACAAUGAUGAUGACGAAGAGGAGGACGAGGAUGUUGAAGAUUUCGAGCUGGUGACGGAUGACGAAGAAGCCGAUGUGGAGGAAGCCGUCGUUCGCGUGAAACUGCGAGUCCCUGUACUGGGAUUGACACUUGUUGGCGUCGCCAAACUGCUCGGUAUAUCCGUGAAGGACACGCUCUGGCUGGCGAUAUUCAGCGCCGAGGUCAAGCCCGACGCACUCGCAUGGACCGUCGUCGCUAGGUCGGAGGCGGUCCCACACCCGUACUGGAAGUAUCCCCCGUCGAAGACGUUCUUGUAG